AUGCGUGCGCUCCCGCCUGUGUCUGUGCAAGGUCUGGCACCCAGACUUCCGGCUCUGCCCAAAGUCAAGGUGACUGUGAAAGGUCGACGUUUUGAAUCAAUUGAGGAUAUCAAGGCAGCCAUGACAGUGCGACACAGGCCCUCAGGAAAGAGGACUCCAGAGCUGCUGCAGGAGGGGCCGGGACAGCCUCCGGCCCUCCUGCCCACCUCUGUGUGCCAGCCUCCAGGGGCCGUGCAGCUGGAGGAGCCACCGCUGGGGACGCAGACGCCCCAGGCCACCCAGCCGCCCGACCUGCGUCCCAUGGAGAUGUUCCUGACCGGAGAGCCCAAAGCUUUAGGGGCCGUGCAGAUCCUCAUCGGCCUCAUCCACCUGGGCUUCGGCAGCGUGCUGCUCAUGGUCCGCCGCGGGCCCCUGGGCAUGCUCUUCAUCCAAGGUGGCGCCCCCUUCUGGGGAGGAUCCUGCUUCGUCCUCUCCGGGUCCCUGUCAGUGGCAGCUGAGAGGAGCCACACCCGCUGCCUGGUGAGAAGCAGCCUGGGCACCAACAUCCUCAGCGCCACGGCGGCCUUCGCGGGCACGGCCAUUCUGCUCAUGGACUUCGGUGUCACCACCUGGGACGUGGGCAGGGGCUACCUGGCAGUGCUGACCAUCUUCACCAUCCUGGAGUUCUUCAUCGCCGUCAUCGCCACGCACUUCGGGUGCCAGGCCACGCGUGCCCAGGCCAACGCGUCUGUUAUCUUCCUGCCAGACGCCUUCCACACAGACUUCGAAGUCCCCAGCCUGGCUGCCUCCCCACCCCCUGCCUAUGACAACGUGGCCUACAUCCCCAAGGGAUCCCCCGAGUAGCCAAGUGCUACCCCUCAGCCUGCCGCUCCCACCCCGCUGUCCCAUCCCACCCACUGCACCCCAGGUGUGGGCCUUCUGUCUACCCCUCCCUCUGGGGCAGAUGUCCAGCUGUGUGUCCUUCCCCUUCCCGGGGACACCCACCUGCCCAGCACCCAGAGCCUGGUGCUCCCGAGGGAAGAAGGCUCUGUCCUUGCCACUGCUUUGGCCUCAGAUUCCCCACCCAGAAGCUACAGCAUGGACCCAAGACCCUAAGCCCCUCCCGGUGCCCCUAGUCUCCUUAUCUGCAAUGUGGAGCUGGCUUUGGUUGGCCCAGCCCCCUGUCCAGGGACACAGUGGGCACCCUCACCUCAGGCAUCUGCGCCCCUUGGACUGACCUCCCUCCGCCACUGCCAGGAGCGGGGCUGCCGGUGGGUUGCCAAGAGAACCAAGGGGGAACACCCCCCAAACCACGAGACACCUUAGUCCUGCCACAGGCCCUGGACAGCUCGUGCAUCCCACACCACAGAGGAAAAUAGCAGUGUGGCUUUGAGGUUGUGCGGCUCCACUGCAGGAUUCUGCUUUCUAACCUCAAGGACAUCCAUGGCUGUCCCAGCAAAAGGGCACCGGUGUGUGGGAGGUCCCACUUCCUCUGGCCUCACCCCACCUAGAAGUCACAUGGGUCCCACUCUACAUGGAGGAUCCUGAAGUUAAACCCAUACCCAGGGCCACUGGACCACUAAGAAUCUGGAAUUCGAACCCAGCUCCCUCUGAAAUCACCAUGUGCUCUUACCCAAGAACCCCCAAGCACAAUCCAAAGUGCUUCCCACCCAAAGGCUGGACAGGACUGCAUUCAUCCCCACUCCCACUUCAUCCAACAAACUCCUACUCCUCCCUCAAGACCCAGUUCAACUGCUGUCCCUGCCAGGAGUCUUCCCAAAGUUGGGGUAAUCAUGGACCCCUCGUUGGACUAGAGCACAACAAGCAAGUUACCACAAGGAGACCUUCACUGCCAGAGUCCAGCCCUGCAGAGCUGGGUGGGAACUGACCUUAAAAAUCAAGGGAGGAGCCUAGUGUGGUGGCCCAUGCCUGUCAUCCCUACACUC